AUGAGGAAGAAGUUCAAGGUCAUGUGCCACCAGAUUGAGCAGCUCAAGGAGGAGAUCAAAGAGAAGGAUGUGGCCAUGAUCGCAGAGCACUUCAAGCACCAGAACAUCAGCAAGGAGACCUUGAAACCAGAGACGGAGAAGACCAAGCACACGCUGGAGUUCCACGAGAAGCAGCAGACCAAGUCCCAGCAGGUCGUGGAGCAGCAGCUCUCCGACAUCAAAAAGCUGGAGGCCACCAUCCAGGAGGCUGAGACGGAGCGGCAGCACCAGCGAAAGGAGUUUGAGGCUGUUACCUCCGAGCGCAACAUCCUGGGCAAGCAGCUCAUCCGACGAAACGAGGAGCUCUCGCUGAUCUACGAGAAGAUCAAGAUCCAGGAGAGCACUUUGGGCAAGGGUGAGGCCCAGUACAAGAAGCUUCUGGAGAGCCUCCGCGGACAGCGCAGCAGCAUUGCGCUCAAGCGUGACCUCUUCAUUGCCCAACAGCAGGCAGGAAGCUGGGGAGGCAUUUCGCUGUACCGGGUGAUGCACGUUCGAGCUCUUUCAGAAGAGCUCGAGAAUCCGAUGAACGUCCAUCGCUGGAGAAAGCUCGAGGGAUCUGAUCCGGCCAUCUAUGCCAAAACCGAGGAGGUCGUCGCAAAGGAUGUCGAGAUCCAGGAGAAGGAAAAGCUCCACAAGGAGCUGACUUCCAUCCUGGAGAAGCAGCCCGGGCCUGAAGUGCUGGAGCAGUUGGAGCAGUACCAGGAGACGUACAAUGCUAAGCUCAAGCAGAUGAAGGCCAUGCAGAGCGAGCUCCACACCUAUCAGUCUCAGGCAGGAUUGAAAAAGACACAACACAUUGCUUGUGCAUCCAAAGGUAGUAGAUCCAGGAUCUCGGGUCAGCACGUCGGGCUGUAA